GAGGGGGGUUUGUUUGCCUUUGUUGCAGAGGAAGGGACAACACAUCUGGAGGAGGCAUGCCCGGCCUGCAAGACCCUGCACUGCCCAGAGGACGCCCGUCGCUAACAGCCGGCUUCCUUCCGAAUUUUUGUCAUCUUGAACUGGAUUAUCUAUUUUUGUGUUUCAUCAUUCCAGUUGUUUUGAAAACAGCUAUCAUAAUUUAGUGUUCCUGAACGGCCUCAUGUUAAUUGUUUCACCACCAUGAAUUUGGACCAAGGAAAUGCAAAUGAAACUCCAGAAGAAGAUUCGAAUGCAGAUCUGUCUGAUGAUUUUGAGCCAAACCCAAGGAAAGCUGUGGAAAAUGGUUUGAGGGAAACUGUGUGUAAAAACACUGCAGGCAAAAGUGAUACUAAUUUCCUCUGCUCAUAUUGUGAUAAGAUUUUUAAAACACCAAAAACUUUGAAGAGUCACAAAUUAAUAUGCUCCAAAAAUCCCUCUGUUGUUAAGUACAAUAUUUCCUGCGAGUCCUGUGGAACUUGUUUUGCAAGAAAAGACAACUUGGUGAGGCACAAGAAACAUUGUGACCAGCAAGCAAGUGGUAGCCACUCCAGAACACGGCACAGGUGCUUAUUUUCCAAAUGUGGUGCAAAAUUCUGGCAUAAAACUGCCCUUGUCAACCAUCUUAAGGCCUCACACGAAAAGGCUUCAAAAAUACUUCCUGUACAAAACCUCAAGUUUACCAAUUGGGAGGAAUUUCUAAACUGGAAAGAUGAAGAAGAAAGACGGCAGCUCUCUUAUUUUUCGGAGCAGUUUGGUGAGAAGGAUGGUCGCACCUAUUUCUACUGCCAGCAGGAUGGCCCUGUAAAACGCUCAAAGCCAUUGAAGGUAGGAGAACAUGACCCAGAAGAGUUAGAAGAUGAGAGUGACAGUAAUCAUGCCUCUGUGUCAAGUUCAAAACCUCCAAAGAAAAAAUCUGCAAACAAAAAGGGCAAAAUGAAAAUUGGGUUUAUGUGUAUUGCCAUGAUGAAAGUGUUAAAGUCAGAUCAAAGUGUGGAGGUUGAGUACCAUCCCACUCAUAAUCAUGAGCUGUGUGUUGCCGACCUUAAACAUCAACCGAUCAGUAAUGCUACAAAUUCUUAUAUUAAAAAACUAUUGCUUGUUGGGGCUUCACCCAGAAAAAUUUUGAAAAAUUUGAAAGGAGACAAAUUUAGUAGGGUCAAUAGAUCAACUGUGCAGCAGCUCACAAGAAAUGAUUUUAUUCAAGUCAAAACUUUGCGGGAACGGAAGAGGCAAAUGGCAUCAGCUGGAAAUCUGGCCUCCGAUGAUGCGACAGCAGUCCACAUGCAUGUUGAGUUGCUGCAAGCUGAGGAUUACUCACCAGUCUUGAUAUAUAAGCCAUUCGGGCAUGAACUUGUGUAUGGACCAGAUUCGGCCAAAAGUCUGCCAAAUGAUAUUUUCAUGCUGGGGUUGCAAACCAAAGAACAGGCUGAAAUGAUGAAGUUGGCUAGUGAAACCAUAUUUAUUGUUGAUGCCACUCAUGACAUGGAUCAGUAUUCAUGUCAGCUGUUAAAUGUAAUGGGGGUUGAUGAGCUUAACAGAGGAUAUCCUCUUGCUCAUUGCAUCAGCAGUAAAAUGGAUGAGCACACGCUCAAAUAUUUUUUUGAGGCUAUAAAAGCAAAAAUCCCUGACUUGAAUGUCAAUUGUGUCAUAACAGAUGAUGACCCUGCACUCAUAAAUUCCAUGAAUUGUGGUUUCAAUGAGCUGCUGAGACAUAUUUUAUGUGACUGGCACUUUAAGCGCACUAUGCAAAAAGAAUUGCACAAGAAAGUUAAAGAUUCUGAGCUGGAAGAUUUUAUGUUCAAAGAACUUUGCGUCAUUAUUGACUGUCUUUUGGAAAGUGAAUUCAAUCUAGUUAUGCAGUAUUUCAUUGAAAAAUAUCUGUCCAACAAGAAAACAAAGGCAUUCAUAGAUUAUUUUAAACAAUACUGUAUUCAUAAAAGAGCCAAAUGGGCUAAGUGUUUCAGGAGAUUCCCCCAUGGCAAUGUAGAAACAACCAUGUUUGUUGAAGCAUUUCACAAUAUCCUCAAAACAGUUUAUUUGAAAAGGAAGCCAAAUAAAAGAAUUGAUAGCCUGUUAAAGUUGCUUCUGGAUGUAGAGGAAGAUUAUUAUUGUAGAAGACAGACUACAAUUUGCACUGUUGCCCCACGAGAGCAAUAUAUGCAGGACAUCAGUGCACGCCAUACAAGAGGAAUUGAGAUUUCUUCUGACCAGGUUCAGGAGUUUGACGAAAAUGGCUCUAAGUUCUGGCAAAUUAAGUCUCAAUCUCAUCCAAAUGAGGUCUACAAAGUAUUUAAAAUAUCAUCAGUAUGCACUCAGCCACAUCAUUGCUAUUUUGAAUGCCAUGCAACUGAGUGUCAUCAAAAUCUGUGUGCUCAUAUGUACAUGUGUACUUGCCCUGAUGAUUUUGUACUGUGUAAGCAUAUUCACAGAGUACAUUCUGCUUUUGGUGAGGCCACUCAGAAUGAAGAGAAAAUGUCUGGAGAAGUUGACUUUUACUACAACCCUAUGGAUGAUGAUGCAACCACAGAUGAAAUACAGCAAAGAGCAGACCAAAGGAGAGAGAAGGAAGAACAAGAGAUGGUUCAGUUAAUAUCACAACUCUCCAAUUUUGUAAAACAUGACGCAGUUAAAAAUUUAUUGUACCCUCACUUAAAGGCUGUUCUGAAGGGUGCUUUGGCCCAGUGUGAAACUGUUGUGAAUGGUGUCAACAGUGUGGACAUGCCCUUGCAACAAAUGGCUCCUACUGUGCAAAUUACAUCGUGCGAGAAACUAAAACGUCAAAUACGACCAUUUAUGAAAAAGAAAAUGUCGAAAAAGGAGAUUCAACGUAAACGGAGCAAAGUACCCAAGUUACUUGAAAAAAUUGAAAUAAAGAAAAAUCUUCUUGAUGCCAUUGAUAAACAGAGUGUGGAAGUUGAUGUUUCUCAUAAUGUUCAACGGUAUGGUUCUGUUCCCACAUGUGACGAUGAUCCACAGUGUGUUGAAGUUCCUACUUGUGAAAAUGAUGAGCCACAGUGUUUCGAAGUAUGUACUUCCAGUUCAAGCCAAAGACCAAAAGUGAAGUUUGUUGCUCGUCCCAUAUUUGUUCCUGGGAAAUCAUCUAAAUUAGUGGAUAAACAGACUCCAAUUGUUUGAAAUGUGCUACCUCAUCUACCUUUGUAUUUUUUCUUUUUCUGGCUGAUAGUUAACUUUGUUUGGUUGUAUUGUACUUCCAGUUGUAAUGUAGAUUCUCUUGUAUUAACAAAUUUUGCUUUUCCAAAUAGUUUUGACAAAGAAGUGAGAGUUGAUGCGCAUAGUUUUUCUGGUGCAUCACUGAUGCUUGUAUUUUAAUGUAAUUAUUGUUGUGUCCAUUGUAAAAAAUCCACAAUGGACAAUGUGUUAUUUGUGAAAUCACUAGUGUAACUUCUAGUUCAGAGUUCAAACUCAGACUGUCUGUCCUCAUGUGUAGUUGUCUCCUGUUGAGUUUGUGGCUUUCUCUUUUGUGAUCUAGUUUAUUUACACAUUAAAGAUAGUUACUUCGUUUAGUCAUUAGUGUGUACCCAUUUUUAGUUAAUUUUCUCUCGAGAUAUUUUAUGAAUUAAUGAUUUGUGUAUUAUACUGUUUAAAUGUGAUAAUGAUUUAUGAUGUUUCCUGUACUUUGUAAUGAUUAGAGUAAGAAGUUAAAUUAUGUAUGAGAGACUCUUUUAAUGGUCAGUUAUUUAUAGUUAAUUAAGAGAAUAAAUAAUAAUUCACUGAACUUCCAUUA